AUGUCGGACGUAAUUAGGGUGGAAGGACUAGGCACAGUAUCGCUGCUGGAUCUUGUUGAGCGACUAUCAAAGCCGCCAGCUCAUCUCAAAGAAAAUGACAGAGCAAACGCAGAGACACAGAAAACAACAGAACAAAACAAGGCUGCUGAAAGUCGAAAGCCUCGGCGAAAGUCCGUAACAAAGUUUAACUGCACUGUUGAGGGCUGCACUAAAGGAUUUUGCACGCAAGCUGCAUUGAAUAAUCACAUCAACAGACACAACAGAGAAUUCAAGUGCUCGCAGUGCUCGAAAGUAUUCAAUGAACAUGCGAAGCUGAAGCGCCAUCAAUUAGUGCACACUGGCGAGCGUCCCUUCAAAUGCCCCUUCGCGCACUGCCAGCGUCGCUUCUCCUUGGACUUCAACUUGACGACGCAUAUGCGAAUCCAUACGGGCGACAAGCCAUUCAAAUGCGAUGAAUGCGGCAAGUGCUUCGCGCAAUCCGCCAAUCUCAAGCAGCACAAGAAAACUCACGAAAACGCCUGUCUCAAAAGCAGGCAAAAAGGAAUUACUAAAAACCCCUGUUCCGAUGGAACCUCUCCCUCAAUUAUGCCCGAAUUGAAACCAAACCAAUAA